AUGACAGCCAAGCUCAAGGCAUCAGCCGAGCCGUCAGAGCUCACGCCGCUGGUCUACGAUGCUUGUCUGUCAGAGCACGGAGACGGCGGCGGCCUCACUCCGCCACGCUCGCCGCUGCGCCGCGCUCCUGCCUGGCAGUUCUGGCGCUCCACGUCGCCUCCGCAUCGCUUCUAUCUUCUCAUCCUGAUGAGCUGCAUCCCAUUCGGUGGCCACUUUGUCAAGAACGGCAUGUCGUCGCUAGAACAGCUCAUGCUGGACGACGCGGAGUUCCCCAUCACCAACACCAUGUACGGUGCGCUGCUGUCGGCCGUAACAGUGCCCAACAUGUUCAUCCCACUGCUCGGAGGCCGCCUAAUGGACAAGAGCGGCCACCGCAGUAUCCGCUUCUUCCUGGUCUGGAUCUGUGUGGGCCAGGCCAUUUUCGCGAUCGGAAUGGAGCUCAAACUCUACUGGCUUGCGCUUUUCGGCCGUGUCUUCUUCGGCGUGGGCGAAGGCAGCGUCGUGGUGGGUGCUCGUGUCUUCAUCGCUUCGUGGUUCAGGAACAAAGAGCUGACUUUCGCUAUGGGCGUCAGUGUCGCCAUCACCAACGUCUCCAAGAUGCUGGCCAAGGCCACAGUGGCCCCAAUCGCGCUCUACUUCGGCGGAUACGUGCAAGCUCUGUGGUAUGGCGUGGCUGUGUGUGUCGUCUCUGCCCUCGUCGGCAUCCUGGUGUGUCACUACACUCUGAACCUCAAGCGUAUCGUCAAGAACCGCGUCGUCAGUGAGGAAGCCCUGGACCCAAGUCUCCACUGGCUCAAGGAUUACGCAGACAAGAAGCGCCGCAAACACCGCUGGCGGAAGUCUAACACACAGGCCAAGCAGAUCUCGUGCGACAACGUACAGAAAUUCUCGCGUAUGUUCUGGGUCAUCGUGUUGCUGCACGUCAACUUCAUCAACGUCUUCCAUUUGUUCCAGAAUGUCAGUGCCAGCUAUUUGUUCCAGCGUUACGACUACUCUAUCGUCAAGGCCGGCGUCGUGAGCAGUGUCUCGCACUUGUUCGUGGUCUUUGCGCCGUUUAUCGGGCUCGCUAUCGACCAUUUCGGUGGCCGUAUCCUGCUCAUCAUCCUGUCGGCUAUUCUGUCCGUCUUGGCGUACACGUUCAUGAUCUUCACCGAGAUUAACCCAAUCGUGUCCAUGCUGCUGAUUUCCAUUUGUCUGUCGUUCACCCCGACGGUGUUGAUGGCUGCGAUCCCCAACUCGGUGAGUCGCAAGAGCUUCGGGACAGCCUUCGGUAUCGUGGAGAUCACUGACGCUAUCGGCGCUACGUUCGGCAACUUGAUGGUCGGAUACUUACGCGAUGAGACGGGCAGCUACCGUGCGGUGAUGAUGAUGCUGCUAGGCAUGGCAGUUCUGGUGCUGUUCCUGGCUCUGUUUCUCAUCUUCGAAGACAGUCGCCAUGGCUGGGUGCUCAGUGCUCCUAGUGGACGAUCACGUGCGCUAUCGGUCGACGACGAAGACCCCAUGGACAACCCAGCGGUGCUUGAGGCUCGUUACAGUGCCAACGGAGAGACCGACCCAUUAUCCUUCGACCGUGCUACUGCGUAG